CUGGCGCCCAUCGCCGAGUGCCCUCCGGGGCCGCCCGGCGCCCAGGUCCGCCUGGCCGUGCUGGGUGCCCGCGGCGUCGGCAAGAGCGCCAUGAUCGUGCGGUUCCUGACCAAGCGCUUCAUCGGCGACUACGAGCCCAACACAGGCAACCUCUACUCCCGGCUCGUACAUCUGGACGGGGACCACGUUGCCGUGCAGAUCCAAGACACGCCGGGAUGCAUUCAGGUGCAGGAGGACUGUGUGCAGGUGCUGGACUCCCUGUCCCGGUGUGUGAAGUGGGCAGAGGGCUUCCUGCUGGUCUACUCCAUCACAGACUACAGCAGCUACCAGUCUGUCCAGCCUCUCUACCAGCACAUUCGCAAGGUGCACCCCGAUGCCAGGACUCCCAUCAUUAUUGUGGGGAACAAAGCAGACCUCCUCCACGCCAGGCAAGUACAGGCAAAAGAGGGACUACAGCUGGCAGAUGAACUGGGCAGCCUGUUCUUGGAAAUCUCCACCAGUGAGGACUCCCAAGGUGUCUGUGAUGUCUUCCAGUACCUUUGCAAGGAGGUCAGCAAACUACAGCAUGCCAGCAGCACGGACAGGAGGCGGUCAUCCAUCAUCCCUCGGCCCAAAUCUCCCAACAUGCAAGAUCUAAAGAGACGUUUCAAACAGGCUUUAUCUUCCAAAGUCAAGUAAACCUCCCACUGACAUCCUCUGGGACUCAAUAGAAUUUAUUUUUGUAAACUAGUUAAUAAAAAUCUUUAUUUUUGUACUAAUGCCAGCAGUGUAGAAGUAAGUAUGUCAAAGCUUGCAAUCUCCUUGCUGUUCUCUCAUUUGACUGCUUGGGUUAUUUCUAAAGGAAAAAAAAAGGAAAAAAAAGCUGCACAGCAACUAAAUAAAGGUAGUUGGAAAGGGGACUUUUGCCAGGAGGCUUUGAUUCCAUUUCUUUUUUGGGGGGACUUGGAUUUUCUGUAUUUAGCUAUUCAUAUGAUUUUCUCUGGAGGCUUCAAUUUCCUGUUUGUAAAAUGGGAGUGUUAAUGAUGUAAAUCAUUACCUGCCUUUAUACAAUGCUUGGAAAGCCCUUGGUGGAAAACUUUGUAGGAGAUAAAAGAAAGAUCCCUUCAUUAAACAUGAAAAUACAAAAGUGUCUGUAAGAA